AUGAAAUCACUCUAAGGAGCGAGACGCUCAGCCCUCUCUCUAGAUUCUCCACUCGACUUUCUUCUUCGGUCCACCUGAAGCCAGUGCGGCAGCGAUGCCGCCGGUGUAAGGGAGCGGCCAAGAGACAUCGCAGGCGAAGAACUCUUAUGCAGCGGUGGUUAGGGAUGCUACCACCGACCUUCGAUUGCACUCACAGCCAUGCUCCUUCUCAGAUGUGGGAGACCUGGGGUCGUCUGGUAGCUUCAGGGGCUUCUUCCCGUCGGUUACUUUCUCAAACAACGACUUACAGGUUCCCUCGCAACCUUUCCGAUUUGCCCUGGUCAGUACGUUUCCUUUCGGUCGCCCCCCAUCCCUGCGAUUCGUAAGGCUUUUGAAAAGAUAGGGUUUUUACAAAAUUAUUCGGUGGGGUUGAUUCAAUCAAACAUUAUUCUUAUGAACUUCCAGUCAGACCUUGAUUUUCAAAAAUUUUGGGAGAAAAAAUCCUGGGAUUUUUUUGGGUACCAGAUGGACACCCAGCUUCUCCGUUGAACGGGACUCACCCCUAGCCCCUGUCUAGAUCUCCCUCGACGGACUCCCAGUCCACCUACACGAUUUAAGAGCUCUUAACUCUAUUGGUAAGCUCUUGGGCAAACCUAUUAGAAUUGAUGCUCCUACUGCACACUUCUCCAGACCUUCUACAGCCAGGUUGUGUAUUGAAUUGGAUAUUUCAUUUGAUAUCCCCAAAAAGAUUUGGAUCAGCAAUGGUGAUUUGGGCUUUUUUCAGAAAAUUACGUAUGAAAAUCUUCCUAUUUUCUGUAAAAAAUGCUCUAGGUUUGGCCACCUUGUUAUGGACUGCCCCCAGGCCACCAUAGAUUUAGUGCCAACUCAACAGGCUGUGGUUACAAAAAAUUGUGCCCCUGUUAUUGGCAAAAAAAACCUGCUGAUAUUGCCCCUAAGACUAUUUGUGAUGCUAUUCGUGAUUCUGUUGUGUCUGCUGAAGCCUAUUCUGAAACUAUAGCAGCUAUCCGAUUGUUGGAGCCAGUUACUGAUGCAGCCCCGGUUGCUGCAGCUCCUGGGAAAAAUGCUAUGGGUGUUAUGGUUGUCUCUGAACCAACCUCAAUCCCAAAUGAAACUGCACUUUCUGAUACUAUCCCCUUUUCUGAUACUGUUGCAGUUCAUAAGGAGACUGUAUCUGCUAUUGAUGCCCCUUGUAUCACUGAUCUUGCUACUGUUGUAGAUGCAGCCCCGGUUGCUGCAGCUCCUAGGAAAAAUGCUAUGGGUGAUAUGGUUGUCUCUAAACCAACCUCAACCCCAAAUGAACCUGCACUUUCUGAUACUAUCCCCUUUCCUGAUAUUGCUACUGUCCCUAAGGAGACUGUAUCUGCUAUUGAUGCCCCUUGUAUCACUGAUCUUGCUACUUAUGAGGCCCCUUUUGAUGACACAAUUCGUGCUAAGGUUCCUGUCCAGCAUCCAGUGGCUAUAGAUGAAACCCCGGUGGCCACCCUUAACGUGGCGGUAGUCGAGGAAAUUCAUCAAUCGGCCACCUAUGGUGCUGGCAAAGUUUGGUUUGAUGCCAGAAAAGGAAAUGAAGAGAUCCUCUCUGGUCCAAAGAUUGACUGUCCAGUUACUACACAUGUCCCAUUCAUGUCCAAUGAUGAAACCAUUUCUGAGGACACCCAAACGCUAACUUUUUCUGUUUCAGGUCAAACAGAGAUCGACGAAGAAAACCUCAAAGGAUUUACACAGGUAGAAAGAAGAAGAAGCAAAAACUCAAGCUCAAAAUACUCACUUAAUGAAGGUACAGAAGAUGUACAACUAUUCUACGAUGUGGGAUAUUCAUCUCACCCCAUGAUCACCAGGAGCCACUCAAGAAAACCUCAAAAUGAAACAGACUACUAUCUCUACCAAGUUGACGAGAGGUUCGACUCACCACACAAACUAGAGGCAGCUCUUCGACGCUUCAAAUUGACUCAUCCGGAGGAAACGACUUACAGGCCUUAUCUCAAGAGAGCCAUCAGAUUUCAUAACAGAUACAAUAGAUCCCUUUCAGCUUCAAUUGGAAUCCCCUCACAAAAUUUCAAUUGUUGAUGUAUUUUCUAUUUCUUUUCAUUUCUCUUAUGUUCCAUCAGUUGUAAUCUCAAUUCCUUUUACUCAAACUUUAUUUAAAUAAAUUAGGGAGGUGUUCCCUGGCACCCCACCACCUAGUGUGAUUCUUACGGGGAAAAAGUGAUUUAUAUUGAAUUGAUAAAGUAAAAAUAAUGUAUGAAUCAUUUAGAAC